CUCUCUCUCUCUCCCCAGGGACGGCGUGGAACACUGCCAGCCAUGGAGCGCCAACACAACACAACAAAUAGACUUAGCCUUUAAUAUAUUUUUUAUGGUCUACUUUUUUAUACGUUUUAUAGCGGCGAGUGAUAAGCUGUGGUUCAUGCUGGAGAUGUACUCCUUCGUAGACUACUUCACCAUACCCCCAUCCUUUGUCAGUAUAUAUCUGGACAGAACAUGGAUAGGGCUGCGGUUCUUACGAGCCCUCCGCCUCAUGUCCGUGCCAGAUAUCCUGCAGUACCUGAACGUCCUCAAGACAUCAUCCAGCAUCCGGCUGGCACAACUUUGUUCCAUCUUCAUUGCAGUCUGGCUAACAGGCGCUGGAAUCAUCCAUCUGUUGGAGAACUCUGGUGACCCGCUGGACUUCUCUAAUGCUCACCCCCUUUCUUACUGGACAUGUGUGUACUUCCUCAUUGUCACCAUGUCCACUGUGGGUUAUGGUGAUGUCUACUGUCAUACUGUCUUUGGAAGAACAUUUCUCGUCUUCUUCCUCCUCGUCGGUUUGGCUUUGUUUGCAAGUAGCAUUCCCGAGAUUAUAGAGCUGGUCGGAAGCCGGUCCAAGUAUAGUGGAGAGUACAAGCGGGAGCAUGGGAAGAGACACAUCGUGGUGUGUGGCCAUAUUACCUACGAGUCUGUCAGCCAUUUCCUGAAAGACUUUUUACACGAAGAUCGUGAGGACGUGGAUGUAGAAGUUGUGUUUCUUCACAGGAACGAGCCCGAUCUGGAAUUUGAGGGAUUGUUGAAGCGAAAUUCCACAUGCGUUGAGUUCUUUCAAGGGACAAUGUUUAACUCUGUAGACUUAGAACGUGUCAAGGUACAUGAAGCUGAUGCGUGCCUUGUGCUGGCUAAUAAGUACUGUCAAGAUCCUGAUGCUGAGGAUGCUGCCAAUAUUAUGCGUGUUAUCUCCAUCAAGAAUUACUCAGAUGAUAUUAGAGUUAUUAUUCAGCUAAUGCAAUAUCACAAUAAGGCCUAUCUUUUAAACAUUCCCUCUUGGGACUGGAAACGUGGUGAUGAUGUUAUCUGCUUAGCAGAGCUCAAAUUAGGCUUCAUUGCACAGUCAUGUCUAGCUCCAGGAUUUUCUACAAUGAUGGCCAACCUUUUUGCCAUGAGAUCCUAUAAAACUUCUCCAGACAUGCAGGCAUGGCAGAAUGACUACCUCUGUGGCACUGGCUGCGAAAUGUAUACGGAGACACUGUCACCAAGUUUUGUGGGCAUGACAUUUCCCCAAGCAUCAGAACUCUGUUUUUCAAAACUGAAGCUUCUUUUACUGGCAAUUGAAGUAAAAAACGAGGAGGGAACAGAUAGCAAGAUUGCAAUUAAUCCAAAAGCCACCAAAAUUCAACCAAAUACACAAGGAUUCUUUAUUGCUCAGUCUGCAGAUGAAGUUAAGAGAGCCUGGUAUUACUGCAAAGCCUGUCAUGAUGAUAUUAAAGAUGAGACUCUUAUCAAGAAGUGCAAGUGUAAAAACUACAUCGGAAAUUUGCUUCAAGCAAGCGGUUUCAUGAAGAACUUUAUGCCCCUCGUGGCGGAAAGCGGGCCGGGGAGCGAGGAUAAGUCAGAUAUUGAAACAGAACUCUACCAAGUUACUUACACCCCUCCCGAACUUCCAAAGCGUCUUCUUAACAACUCCAGAGGCGACAAGAUCCCGGUCAGAGAUGGAACGGAGCAGUGUUGUGCAGAAUCAAAUGCCGAGUUUAAGAGGCAGACAGUUGCAAACCAAAACAGCAGUGGGCAGCCUCUGGUAAAUGCAGCCAAGACUUUAGCGGCAGCUAAAAAGAAUGGUGGGCGGCCAGCUGAUGCUUUAACUUCUCCGAGCCAAGGUUACAACCGGUCAGUGCCUCAGCAGGACAGGCUGACAGAGGACAACACGUACAGCUAUCACCUCAGCUACGAGGUCAAGAAACUCAUGCCCACAAGUCGUAGCAGUGGAGGGGGGAAUGGAGGUAACAACAAUGGCCUAACAGUAGGCAUCGCAGACGAUCAGGCCAAGGAUUUCGACUUUGAGAAAACAGAAAUGAAAUAUGAUUCAACAGGAAUGUUUCACUGGUGUCCCGCAAGAUCAUUAGAGGAUUGUAUAUUGGAUCGUAAUCAAGCGGCGAUGACAGUAUUAAAUGGCCACGUUGUGGUGUGCCUCUUUGCUGACCCAGAUUCUCCUCUUAUUGGCCUUCGGAACCUUGUGAUGCCUCUUCGAGCCUCCAAUUUCCACUACCAUGAGCUCAAACAUGUGGUUAUUGUAGGCUCAGUAGACUACAUCAGAAGAGAAUGGAAAAUGCUACAAAACCUACCAAAAAUAUCUGUCCUAAAUGGCUCACCACUUAGCCGAGCAGACUUGAGAGCAGUGAAUGUCAACCUGUGUGAUAUGUGUGUCAUCUUAAGUGCCAAGGUUCCCAGCAAUGAUGACCCAACACUGGCAGACAAGGAAGCAAUCCUUGCCUCACUCAACAUCAAGGCCAUGACUUUUGAUGACACUAUUGGUGUUCUCAAUCAGAAUCGCACCACCUCAGACCUCACAUGUGGUGGGCACGAUUAUGGACUUCCAGACCUCACCUUAACAGACCCAAGUGGUGGUGGUGACACCUUGAGUCCUCUUGGGUCACCAAUAGUGCUACAAAGGCGUGGCUCUGUCUAUGGUGCUAAUGUCCCUAUGAUCACAGAAUUAAUAAAUGACAGUAAUGUUCAGUUCCUUGAUCAAGAUGAUGAUGAUGACCCAGACACUGAACUCUACUUGACUCAACCCUUUGCUUGUGGCACUGCCUUUGCUGUCUCUGUCCUCGACUCUCUCAUGUCCACGACAUACUUCAAUCAGAAUGCUCUCACACUCAUCCGCUCCUUAAUCACUGGUGGAGCAACUCCGGAACUGGAACUCAUCCUUGCUGAAGGUGCAGGGCUCAGAGGAGGCUACAGCACACCUGAGACACUGGCAAAUCGUGAUCGAUGUCAAGUUGGUCAAAUUUCUCUCUAUGAUGGCCCACUUGGUCAGUUUGGUGAAGGUGGCAAGUAUGGUGACCUCUUCUGUGCAGCACUGCGGAACUAUGGCAUGCUAUGUAUUGGUCUCUACAGAACACUCCGUAUGGUUCCUCAAUCUGCCGUUGGUUUGGACUGCAGAUUCCGCGACACAUCAAGCUCGUGUGACGCGUCGUCCAAGCGGUAUGUGAUAACCAACCCACCGGAUGACUUCACGCUGCUGCCCACUGACCAGGUGUUCGUCCUCAUGCAGUUUGACCCUGGCCUAGAGUACAAGCCUAACCGGGGAGACAUGACUAAAGAAGAUAACUCCUGACUCCUCCUCUGUAGCGCCCUCACUGACGGACCCUACUCCUACAUCUAAAAAAAUAAAGAGUCCAGCGCUGCACCAACAUCACACCAACACCACAACACACCACCCGCUCAUCAGCUGCUGCUGCCGACCACCCACCACUCUUGAAGUGCAACAGUGUGCGGCAGCUGCCCCGUGCUGUGCCUCAGCCGUCCUCCCCACUACAGUUACCCCACCUGAUCUUCUUUCUCAGUAUAGAACCAUACCCUUUGUAGCAAUUCCCAUCUCCCAUAGUGGGUUUUUGGUCUGUUGUGUUCCGGAUGGUCCCAGCACAAGGAGAGGUGUUGUGCACCUCACUACACAAGCAGGUGGCCCAUGUGUGCUUCAUCAUUCUCAGUUCAUAUGUGUUCAGACUGUUUUGCGUAUGCUCAUUUCAGUUAAAGGAAUGAAAUAACAAAUUUCAUUUUGUGAUCAUCAUCUUUGAAUUGUAUAUAUUGAUGCUUGAAUGAGUAUUCUUUGUGUGUUAAACUCUGCUUUUGUGUGGGAUCGCGAACUUUCGACAUAGGGAAAUUCACAAGUGUAAUAGGAUGUUCCAACUAUGCAAGUUGCUACCUUGACUCACUCACUAGUGUCCCAGGUGGUUUGAGUGUAGCUCCAUUGUCAACCCUGAGUUUAGUUGCCCGUUGUAAGUCAGCCUGCACAUGCCCGGCUCACAGACACAUUGGCCAAUGCAGCCGUACAAGUCACACUUGCAGCAAGUGAUCAUAUAUUCAGGGUCCUUCAAACUUUCUUGGACUCAUGUCAUAGACCAGCCUAAAUUUCAGCAAUAUUUCAGUGGUGUCCAAACUGUUCUUACUGAAAAUUGACACUGAAUACUUGGUCUUUUGACAUGAUGUGCCCAGGUCUGUUUGAGAGUGAGGAUGCUACAAUAGAAAGUUAAAUAUUAAGCAGAUAUUUUUAAUGAUGUAUUUUCAGUCAUCUGUGCAUAACUUUUCAAUAGCAAAAUGUGUUAAAUUUUGUAACUAUUCUUUUUUAUUCCUCUUCCUGUAAUUUUUUAUGUUCUUAUAAAGUAUAGUUUCUAUAUUGGUAUAUAUAAUUUUAGGGUAUUGUUUCCUCAUCUAAUCAUUCAUAUUUUCAUUUAAGAAAAGUAUCAAAAUUGUGGCACAGAAGACAUCCACAUUUUCACAAGCACCAUAUAGCCAGGGAUAGUUGUUCAGUAAGAUGUAGGCCCAGAAAUGUAUUUACAUGCGAUUUGUUUAGAGAAGAGUUUGAACAAAAUGUUAAGUGUUAUAGUUUUUUACUUAGUUGUGUAACAUUAACAAAGUUUACUAAAUGAUACAUCAGUGUGAAUAAAGUUCUUAGUCUUGCAAGUUAAAGUUGUCAAAAGUUGUAAAGAAACUGCAUUUAACAAAUCAAAAUUGUUAUUGGCACCAUGUCCGUUGAGUGCCAAGGUGCUGGGUUAUACAGUCCCAGUGUAGUCACAUGUGGCCAGCACCAUCACCUCCAGCAAGGCAGCAUCAGUGGGGAUCUGGAAGCCUCACAGGUUAUGCAUGCUGCAACUUUUGCCAGCAAAUCUCAUUUUGGGAUUUGUGAGCAAGGUCAUCCUAAUAUAAAAUUAUGAAUGGUCUUGGGUGGUCAUCUUCACAGUAUCCCGUGGGUACAAAUUAUACCAUGUUAUCUUGAACCCUGGAUAUGUUCACAUUUCAAUACCCACCGUCUCUCAGGGGCCUGGUCCACUAUGGCUCACUAGUGCAUGGCCACUCAAGAUCUCUUGUGGUGACUAUGUCCAUUAGUUGCCCACCUUAGCUGGAGGUUGGAAGGUAUUAUCCAAUUUUGCUGAGCCACAUUGACCCCUGUGAUCAUAUCCUAGUUUGUAUGGUAUGCCAUUCCACAUUUCUGAUGUUUACAAUAUCCUGUUUUGAUCCACAGUGUGCAAAGAUAUAAUCCUUGUUCCUACAUACAGUAACCUUGGGAACUUGGCCCAUUAUGGCCCUUAUUAUCAGUGAUGAAUAUCACUGAGUAAUGCUUGAGUGUUAUUAUUCACCAGAGUGUUGUUCAUAUCUACUCAUGCAUAUUUUCUUGAGUCCUAAUAAGAUGUGCUGCACUGAAUUAUCUAUGAACAUUGACAGCUGCUCAGCUAAGGUGUGGAAGCUAUACCUCCAUAACUUGCUGUUGGGGGAGUGAAUAGUGCGUGAGCUAACCCCCAAGGACUCACCAAGCGCAGCUCUCUGGUUGCGACUGUGUUGUCAUUGCCUUACAAAUGCCAAGAGCUUAAGUUUUCAUCUCUAUUCAAUCAUGGCUUUUCUUCUCCUAAUGUCACAGACCAGUAGAUGGUGCAGGGUAUGUCAGCUAACUGGCUGAAAGGUGGAAAGACAUGAUCAGAAGUGAUACUUUAUCGUUUGUUUCCCUACAGUGUUCUAAAGAAUAUUUAAAGUUAAUAUUUUAUAAGAAUAAAAGUGCAGUUUUACAAGGCAUUGGAAUAAAAAUGAGUGGAGCACAUGCUUUGAAAAUUUGUUGAAUAACCUAACAAACAUUACUAGGUGACCAUACUGCCCAGGUUGCCCCCCAAAAAACUGCCAAGAAUGCCAGCCAACUGACUGCACCGUGCCCUAGAUAACUGCCUGUCCCACACUUGCCAGGCUAUAUGGGGGCGGAGUCAGGAGGUGAUGGAGAAGUGGUUCUUUUAAAAGUGGGCAUUUGUUUAACACUACAAUCUUGACUUGUUGACUUGUCUUAAAUCUGAAAGAUACACCAUGAACACUUUCAUGUGAAUCCCUUUCUUGACAAAACCCUGACUCCAUCCCUCUCUCAGACUACCAGUGGUCAUGCAGUAAAAAUGCCUAGAUUGAACUAUGCUGGAAAAAAAUCCCAUUAGAUACAUAAUAAAAUGUGAUAUGUAAUAUAGAUCCAGGUGUCAUGUACUGCAUGAUAAUCGUGCUUCUUUUUGGAAAUGUCUAAGGAACCACUGUAUACUAUAUAUCCUUCUUCAUAUUAUUGAAAGAAAUUUUUUGUAUAUUUUGUGUCCACUUGUGUUUCCCCGCCUUCUGCUCUGGCCUCAUACAUGCAUAUUAGUGACCAUAUGACCUAUUUUGUAACAAUCUUUAUAAUCUCAUUGUUCUAUAAAUAAAACAAGGAAAAUGAGCCUUAAUGUACUCCAGACAAUAGAAGAAAAUAGGUCAUCUGUUUACAUCGGGUUUUUUGUCACGAAGGGGACGUAUUUGAAAUUAUGCACCGUUGGAUAUCUAUGUACCAUAAUGACUCUGAUGGGACAGUGAUCAUGAGCUGUAGUUACCUACAUUGUUAGGGUCAUCUUUAUUAUCAGGUUUGACAAAAAGUGAUAUAGAUGGUGUUUAUAGCUCAUGAUUGCCAAUCUUAUCAAUUUUCAUACUUCUUUGUUCUGAAUCAGAGUCGUAAUUCGACUGGUGUCUCUUACCAUGGCCUCUGAUCUGUUUAAAGUUCAGAUCUGCUAACCUGAGUGCUCUGUGUUGAGCUCCAUUGUCUUAAUGGACUCUGCUCUGCAAACCUGCCUUACUAAGUCUCAUUUUGUUGCAGAAGCAAUAAGGCAAAAAAAAAAGUUAAAGUUUUCAGGAUUGCUUAUUAUGCAAACUGGCCAUAGUGAUUAUGCAGGAAACUAAAUGCAACAUAAAUUUCAGAUUAAUUAUCUGUAUUUGUGAUAAAUGUUACAAUGCAGGGGAACUGCUUUUGGGGUUUAGGAUGCAAAUCCAAAUACAGGUGUGCUAAUCCUUUUCUAGAGGAAUUAUAACUAGGAAUCUCAAGGCUUCAUAAAACUGUAUAUAAUAAAAUUUAUUAGAAACAAAAUCAAUGAUCAAAAUCAGAGUAGUACUUGAAAUCAGUGGGUUUAGUGGGGGUAGUUUUUGUAAGAGAGAUUUACAACCCAGACCUGAGAGAUGGUUCCCCUAGUUACUUACCAUCCAGUGACAUGGGCCAAACGUUCUCACUGACUUAUGACACACAGUAAAUACUCUAGUACUGGAAUGGAUUGGUUGUUUCAUUAAUGAGAAAUGCCAAUUGGAUAAUCAGAUACCUGGUGUGUUUUGAUAGUCAUAUGAUGUUAAGAUGUUUAGCCUUAUUGUGGGUGUGCCCAUUUCCGUAGGCCACCACAUUUGACUCUUGGAGUGGACAAGGCUAAAAUUGUCAGCAUAAUAUCAAAAUGCAUUUAAUAAAGAAUAGAUUAGGCCAAUACAACACAUGUUGAAAUUGGUGUAAUGAUAUUUUUAAUGUCUGCAUUUUUGUAUUUUUGGAGACCAUUAUUUGCCAGUUUUAGCCUGGCCCAUGAUUACUGUUGCUUGCCAACAUCUGGUGUCCUGAAACCAAACCUACAAACCCAUUACCUCAUCCAUCAAUAAUUACAUAUUUGAUCAUAAGCUUAUAAUUUUUGUUAAACAAUUUACAGAUUUGCAACAAAUCACAAUGAUAUUUAGUGCACACUAGAGAGACCCGCCAUAAGAUAACACUCACGUACACUCGUUCUGUUUAUUUUAUACGUCUAAUUAUGUUAAGCCUGAUAUAGCUUAUAUUACAAUGAGUUAUAGUACUAUACUAUUAUUUUCCUGCAUUGUUGUAACCUAUAAAAACUGAAUACAAAUUUUAAUAAUAUAAACAUAACUCAAAGUAUGCUACUUAAAAGUGUCUUUGGUGAAUGAAGUUCUUGCUAUUGUGUUAUUAUAGGAUUUAUAUUGUUAAGAUUCUUAUUACAAAAUAUGCAUUAUUGAAAUAAGAUUUUCAUGCAAGCUCACUCAAAAUUUAAAUACUGCUUUGUUAUAGUAAAUAUAUAAAUAAAUUACUUAGUAUUUACUGUACUUGUAAUAGGGAAUAUUCACACUGCAAUGUCAGGGGAUUAAUUUCAAACCAUAAAGAAAACUAACUUGGCAUUUAAUUAUUGGUCUACAACAAAGUGUAGUUACAGUUAAAAAAAAAAUCGGUAGGAAAAUAUAUUCAAAGUACCAGUAUAACAAAUAUAUGUGGGUCUUGUCUGGUGAUGGAUGGGACUUCAGAUUUGGAAAAUGUUGUGUUAAUGUUUGUUUAAUGUAAGGAUUACACUACUGGUUCAGAACUGUUUUUAUUUGAAUAUUUGAACAGCAAUAGAAUAAAUGCACCUCUGUU